CCCGGUCCAACCGCCCGUAGUCCGCCGACGGAGAGGGCGGGGUUAGGAGUUGGGGGCUGUAACCAAGAGGAUGUGACGUUCUGGUCGGAGAGAAGAUUGGGAGAUUGUCCCCGUAUCCGAUAAACUGCGGCAGUUGGCGUUGAUGUUUGACGGUGGGGGAUUAUCGCAAGCAAGCGGGAUGGCCGACUGAGUGGACGCCGGGGCGGCGACGCUACAAGAAUCACAAGAAUGGAAGCGACUCUCGCGUUGGCCGCCAUCAUUUUCACGCUGCUCGCCAUGGUGGUCGCGACGUCGCUGCUCAAGGGCUCGUCUCCCGCGGCGGACUUCGCCAAUGCGCGCAGCUACUUCGGCCAGAGAGGAGACGGAGGAUCGGCGACGUCCGAGGCGAAGCUGAACGGCCAUGUAGCCGGGCAGGAGAGGAAGAAGGACGCCGACAACUGGAGCGAGAUCAGUGGGAGCUCACACGACCACUGGGAUGUAGUGAAAUCUGAGCAGGGACACCCUCACUUUGACGCAGAAGGCGGUGCAGCAGUCGAGUCCUCUUCCUCCACAUCGAGCCUUUCUGUCCCCAGUUUAGAGGUAGACUCGUCGUCCGAGGUCUCGUCAGCAAUGGGCCGCAGGUCUUUCAUUGGGCUCUCUGAUACGGAGCUCCUAAAGUGUGCUUUCUCUUAUCCCCAGACUGAAGGAGCCACAGAGAGCCCAGGGGACAACACAUGUACUCUUGUUUUCUGUUUGAACAGCGAAAGUGGAAUCGGAUGCAAACAAUUCCUUGAAAUAUGUUCCUGGAAAGGCACGAUCGCACCAUUUAGAGGUGAUGAUGUCCAAAGAAGAGUUGGCAGAGGAGCAGAGGGUGCAGCGGGAGCAGCUGGCCGCCAUUUUCCAGCUGCUGAAAGACAACAAGGAGACGUUCGGGGACGUGUCUGAAGGAGACUUGGAGGAGCAGCUCAGGCUCUACUCCAUCUGAGACGCCUCUACAACCUGAUCUGCUCCAAAGACUUAUUCAGAACUUCAAAUAUUUCAUUUAAUUCCCUUGCAGUAUUCAACAUGGCUGUCCGUUCCAACAACAAUGGCUUAUUGUUUUCAUUUUUAAAUUGUAUUAAGCACACUCACACACCUGCAUUGAUCAGAUAAUUAUGAAAAUCACAAUGGAGCAUUGUUUCUAUUAGAUCUAUGAAUAUAACUUUCAAACUGUUGCAUAAUAAACCAGAACAUUGUGUAACUUUU